CCAGCCAGGCUCCGUUGCCACCACGUGCACCCCAGCUGGCGCGCCUCCUUAUCAAACCGCGCAGCCCGCUGGCAAAGAGGAGCGACAGACACACCGACGUCCCACGACCCAAUUGAUCAUUGAGCGGCGUAUCACCAAGAGAGCUGCACGUCCUCCGUCUCCCCAGACCCUUCUCCUCAGGCCUCCCUGCUCGUGCUCGGCCACACCCGCGUCCUGUGCUGCACCGCCCGGAAACAGAUGACGUCGGCGUUGACCUGAGUGAGCCAGCGCCGCUUCUGCCUCAAACCUCCACCCUUUCUCGCGAGGACCCGCAGCGCCUGACGACGACCGCUCCAUCCGCUUCCGGCACCGCCAGUGACGACGACGCCGCCGCCGCCGCCGCCGCCGACGACGACGACAGAGUCCUGUGCUGUCGGAAGCAUGGCCUCGCCGUAUACCCUGCCGUCGUCUGCGCUCCCGCACGCGCACCAACACCACAUCCACGGCCAUUCCCACUCCCAUUCGCACUCGCAGUCGUCGCUGACAGCCUGGCGCUCCUCCAUGUCGCGCGAGUCCCUUCCCGCGCACGUCGACGAGGACGCUCGCGACCACGACCACCGGGGCCACUCCCACUCCCGUCACCACUCGCACAACCGCGCCGGUUCGCACGCGUCCAACACGAGCGCCUCGCUGCUGAGGGACAAGGCUCCGCCGGCCGCGUUGGACACGCUCGCCGGGUGGACGCAAGAGACGACGGCCGGCGGCAAGAGCAUCGUCACACCCGCCGCCCUCGACGUCCCGACCAAACCAUACUCGCCGCCGACAAAGGACCACAAGCACCGCCACAGCCACCAUGGCCACGCCGGCAAUGGGCACAGCCCAGACUACCACGACCAUCAUCACGACCAUCAUCACGACCACGACGCUCAUCACGGUCAUGUACACGCGCACGCGCAUUCGCACUCGGACGAGAAAGCCGAGCGGUCACUCUUCACGCGGAAGAUACUGCCGUAUGCCGCGCGAUUUCCCAUUAUCCACGCCAUCCUCGUGGAAAAGGAUUCGAGAAGGAUUUUCUACUUUAUGACGCUCAAUUUCUGCUUCAUGACGGUGCAGGCGUUCUAUGGCUACGUGACCGACUCGCUAGGCCUCCUCAGCGACAGCAUACACAUGUUUUUCGACUGCGUGGCGCUCCUCGUUGGGCUGUUGGCGGCCGUCAUGAGCAAGUGGCCCCCGAGCCAAAAAUUCCCCUAUGGCUUUGGCAAGAUUGAGACGCUGAGUGGCUUCGCCAACGGCAUCCUGCUGAUGCUCCUGAGCGUCGAGAUUGCCUUUGAGGCGUUUGAGCGGCUGUGGGAAGGCACCAAGACGAAGCGGCUGGGUGAGCUGUUCAUAGUCAGCAGCUUGGGGCUGGCGGUGAACUUGGUCGGCAUGAUGGCAUUUGGACACCACCAUCAUGGACAUGACCACGGGCACUCGCAUGGGCACUCGCACGACCACGAUGACGGCCACAGCCAUGACCACGAUCACGAUCACUCCCAUGCACAUGGCGACCAUGGCCACGGCCAUAAGGGCUGCAGCUCGCACGGCAACGAGAACAUGCACGGUAUCUACUUGCACGUGCUGGCGGACACGCUCGGCAGCGUGUCGGUCAUUGUGUCGACGAUCCUGACGAGCGUGUGGGGGUGGUCAGGCUGGGACCCGUUGGCGUCUUGUCUGAUCGCGGCUCUCAUCUUUCUGUCGUCGAAGCCGCUGGUGGUGUCGUGCGCGAAGCGGCUGCUGCUGAGCGUGCCCGAGGACAUUGAGUACACAAUGCGCAACACGCUAGGGGGCAUCCUGCAGCAGCGAGGGGUGGUCAGCUACACGGCUCCCAAGCUGUGGCUGGACGACCGGACGGGCAGCCGGUCCGGGGGUCGGCUGGUGGGCGUGGUACACGUUACCGUGGCACGCGGUGUGAGCCUGGACGAGGCCAGGGAGCGGGUGCGGGAGUACCUGCUGCGGGAGGGCAUCGACGCGACGGUGCAGGUGGAGCGGGAGGGCGACCACGGCUGCUGGUGCGCGAGAGGACGGACGCCAGCGACGCCAGCGACACCGAAGCCGUUUUAGACGAGGCGCCGAGGCCACGGAGGCGGCAGCGGCAGCGGCAGCAUGAACUCGGGUCUGUCGUUGGCCCCGGUGCCGGGUGCCGGACCGGAGCGGCAGACUCACCAGUACCAGCACUAGCACCAGCACGGUAUCGCAUGGGUCUCUGGAUCGAACCCCCGGCAUGGGCACAUUAUUCAUAUGUUUUUGCGUAAAUGGGCUUGUAUAUUCACAGAGAAAACAUAUGUACUGUAGAAGGAGGCGGAGGGUUCGAGGAACAAGAGGACGAGCAUGGUUGCGGCGCUGGGCGGUGCUCGGUUCGGUCUGAUAUAUUUUGCCCGCUGUACUUUGUACGCCAAUCAAUCAAACAUGGUACGAAUUUUCGGUCCGAC